AUGUCUAAUCCAUCUGAGGAAACCUCCACACUUCCUAUCUCUCCUUCUGUGAUCGUUGGCAUCGUCAUUGUGCUAGCCUUUGCGGUUGUCAUCGUCGGUGCCUCCCUGUUUCGAUUCUGCAAACGCAAUGGACGAAGCACGCCAUUCGAUGACAACAGCAACGCUCAACAGAAUGAAGGCAACAUCUUCAACCCCAAUGCCCAACGCAGCGCUGCUCAGAUUGCUCGCAUGAAGGAAGUUCGUUGGAUCAACAACAUGUAUGCGUGGGAACGAGGCCGCGAAGCCAUGCUGGAGAGCGGUGAACUUCGACCCACAACCAUGAUCGCAGGAAGAAAAGGUGAAGCCAGGAACUGGGAUGAAUGGAGCACGAUGCAGGAUGAGAAUGGAGAAAGUCUCCUCCACCAAACCGGCGAACCCAGCUCCAGCGGCCCGUCUCAUCUUCUUGCUCAAACUCACUCUCACUCUCACUUCUACGCCGCCGAUGACCCCUAUGCCGCAUCAUCACAACAACGCCUCAGCCAUGUCCCUUCAAUUCUCCUCCCUCAACCACUGACCCACCGCGACUUGCAACUCCCUCUUCAUCCUCACUCUUCUCCUGGUGGAAGUCCAUUGCGAUAUCACCAGGUCGCUGCAUCUGACCACCCCGACCAUGCUGACAGCAAUCCAAAUUCCAACUCCAACUCUAGCUCCAAGAGCAACAGCAACAGCAUCAAAACCGACGAUCACAAUAUGGAGGAAAUCACCUUGAUUGAUGACAAUCAUUUCGGAAGGGAUGAGACGGCGACGACAACAACAACACCACCAACAAUAACAAAUUACAGCUACAGAUCCAGGAUUGGUGGUCUGAAUAAUAAAUCAUCGACGCCGGAUAUUGUCUUGACUUCGCCGAGAUUUUGA